AUGUCGUUCAAUGGCAGCACGAAAAUUGGUUUCCCCGGCAUUGGCAGCUAUCCGUAUCCAUUUGCAGAGCUGGCGGAUGAGCGCACACGGACGUGGCCGCUGGUGGAGUCGCCUUGGAAUGCAGCCGUCCUGCUGGCCUUGUAUUUGCUGAUGGUGCGCUAUGCACCCAAAUGGAUGGCCAGGUACAAACCGAUGCAGCUGCGUGGCCCAUUGUUCUGCCACAACCUGGCUAUGACGUUGCUGAAUGCCCACAUAUGCCUGGAGCUUUUUACGGCGUCGCGAGCCCUCAACUAUAGCAUCAGCUGUCAGCCGUGUCGGGUGAGCUAUAGCCCCCAUGAAAUGCGUAUUGCCGCGGCCUUUUGGUGGUUCUACAUCUCAAAAAUUCUUGAAUUUGCCGACACGGGCUUUUUCAUCCUGCGUCAGAAGUGGUCACAAUUGAGCUUCCUGCAUGUCUACCAUCAUAGCACCAUGUUUGCCAUGUGCUGGAUCGUUGUCAAGUGGAUACCGACCGGCUCGACCUUUCUGCCAGCCAUGAUGAACUCCUUCGUGCACAUCAUUAUGUACGGCUAUUACGCGCUGAGUGUGCUGGGACCUCGUAUCCAGCCGUAUCUUUGGUGGAAACGCUACUUGACUGCCUUGCAGCUGGUGCAGUUUGCCAUUGGCCUCGCCUGGGGCUCGCAGGCCAUCAUCCGGAGAUGCGAGUUCCACACCUGGGUUAGUCUCACUGGAGUCGCCUACAUGCUAACGUUUCUCUACCUCUUUGGCCACUUUUAUGCCCAAAAAUACAGGGUCAAGCAUCUUAAAUACAAGAAAUAAAGUUCU